GACCGCAUGGGAGCGGGCGGUCCUCUCUUCAUCGACGUGACGUGGCACCCUGCGGGAGACCCCGGCUCUGACAAGGAAACCUCCUCCAUGAUCAUCGCCAACACUGCCGUCAACUACUGCGGCCUCGAGACCGUCCUGCACAUGACCUGCUGCCACCAGAGCCGCGACGACAUCACGGGGCACCUGCAGAAGGGCAAGCGCCUCGGGCUCAAGAACGUCACUUGCGCGGGGGUGAAUCCCAUCGGCGAGGAGUGGGAGGAAGAAGAGGACGGCUUCAACUACGCCGUGGACCUGGUGAAGCACAUUCGCAACGAAUUCGACGAUUACUUUGACAUCUGCGUGGCAGGCUACCCCACGGGUCAUCCCGAAGCAGAGAGCUACGAGGCAGACCUGAGGCACCUGAAGGAGAAAGUCUUUGCUGGGGCAGACUUUGUCAUUACGCAGCUUUUCUUCCGCUCAGAAACCUUCCUCAAGUUCCUGAAGGACUGCCAAGCCAUCGGCAUCACCUGCCCCGUCAUUCCCGGCAUCUUCCCCAUACAGGGUUACCACUCCCUGCGCCAGCUGGUGAAGCUCUCCAAGCUGGAAGUGCCUCAGGAAAUCAAGGAUGUGAUCGAACCCAUCAAGGACAACGACGCGGCCAUCCGGAGCUACGGGGUGGAGCUGGCCGUGUCCAUGUGCCGGGAGCUGCUGGACUCAGGGCUGGUGCACGGGCUCCACUUCUACACCCUCAACCGCGAGGUGGCCACCACCGAGGUCCUGAAGCGCCUGGGCCUCUGGAAGGAGGACCCCAGGCGGCCCCUGCCCUGGGCGGUCAGCGCGCACCCCAAGAGGAGGGUUGAGGACGUUCGGCCGAUCUUCUGGGCCUCCAGGCCCAAGAGCUACAUCUAUCGAACUCAAGAAUGGGACGAUUUCCCCAACGGCCGAUGGGGUAACUCCUCCUCGCCAGCCUUCGGGGAGCUGAAGGACUAUUACCUCUUCUACCUGAAGAGCAAGUCUCCCCGGGAGGAGCUGCUGAAGAUGUGGGGAGAGGAGCUGACUGGCGAGGAAAGCGUCUUCGAGGUGUUCACGUGCUACAUCAGCGGAGAGCCCAACAGGAACGGGCACAGGGUCACGUGCAUGCCUUGGAACGACGACCCCCUUGCCACUGAAACCAACCUCCUGAAGGAGCAGCUGGAGAAGGUGAACAGACGCGGAAUCCUGACCAUCAACUCCCAGCCCAACAUCAACGGCAAACCCUCCACAGACCCCAUCGUGGGCUGGGGGCCCAGCGGCGGCUACGUCUUCCAGAAG